UGAGCACCUGAACACCUGCUACUUGUAGAGUGUGAAUAUCGAUGGCAAAGUUCCCGGUCUAAGAAAAUGUGUUCAUAGUUGUUCUCUAUUCGGAAAGAAGGCGGCAGAAAAAUCAUACUGGCGAACUAUGGUGGCUAAGUCGACCUCUGUUCCCCUUCUCGAGGACAAGUCACCCUCUACUAAAAUUAAUGACGACGACGACUCGGGGAAUGAAGGAUUUCCUUCAGAUGAAGAUCAUUUGAUCCAUGAAAUACUGAAAAAUAGAAGUUGGAUGAAAGAGGAUAUUGGAUCAGAGGAUUUGGAGGAUGAUGAACUCGAAAAGGAAAUGGAAAUGCUUUCAGUGGCAGAGCAGGAAGUCUCCCAAGAGAUUUCAGAUGCAAUACGAUCAUUCCAAAACCAAUUAGGAGCAGUAAACGAUCGGAGUCGAAGAAAGUCUGAUUCGAGAGCUUCCCGAAGGACUGUCAUUAGGACCGAGGGAAAAAAUUGGGAAACUCACUACACGUCCCAAGAAAAACCAGCAAGAAUCAACCAAGAAAUUUUGCAAAUACGCAGCAAGAGGAAAAUACAUACCAGUAUUUCAAACAUCCGACAAGUAGAAAUCGAUGCGAUAGAGAGAGAUACCAGAGACUCUGUGAACGAAUCACAUCCCUCUGAUGAAGCAUGCCAUGGUGUCUAUGAUAUCUGCAAUAGAGACCCUCCUGAAGAAAUGCUUUUCAUCGACGACGACGAAAGUUACGAUGAAGAAGACGACUCUUCUAAUGUUAUCAGCGACGUUAUACCUCAUAUGAGCACUAAUGUCAAAGAAAACGAAAACGAAAACGAACCUGAAUCAGUAGAUAUCUAUUCCCUCAAAGACUUCGAAGGUUUUGAUGGUUCACCUUUUGCGCAAUGGCACAGGGAGGAAGAGGGUCUAUCCAGACAACUUCCCGAUCUCGAAACAGGGAGCAACAAUUUUCUUGAAGAGGAAUUUUUUGUUGGAGACAUCAUUCAUGAGAAUACAAAUAAAACUGCAGGUGAGAAUACAAAAGACUCAGGCACAAAUAAUUCAAAGAAGCAGCAGGAUGCCAAUGGGUCAUCUAAUUUGGAAUGGCACAGUGAGGAAGACGGAUUAGACACUUGGGAUCAAAGGGCCAAACAGAUUUCCGAUCUAGAGUGGGGAAAAGCCGAGUUGUUUGAAGAAGAAGCAUUCUGGAAAGAGGGGUUUGAGACGAUUCCAGUACCGAACUCUAAGAUAAAAACUUCCUCCUCUUCGAUUCGAGAAGAUAACAGGAAUGCGUCUUCUGGAAAAAGUCACAUUCCUUCCGCCUCAGAAUCGAGACGUUCAAUAAUUGAAAUUCUUGCUUUACCAACACUCGAGCAUCAUGUAAAGGAUAUCCAAGACGUUGGUGCCAAAUUCGAUCGUCAGCCUAUUCAAUCAGCAAGUGACGAAUCGGUGACACAAUCUGUUCAUGCACCAGCUGAAUCGACGCUACAGAUUGACUUUGAAAACAAUGAAUCAAUUUUUCAGAAAUCAACACAGCUAUUUCAUAGCGUCAUUGAAGAUUCGCCACUGAUUUGCAUUGAAGAAUCUAAAAACGAUUGCUCAUUUGCACCUGAGCCUACUGUCCUGAUCGAAGAAGCAGCGGUUCGAGGAAAUGAAAAGCCAAGAAAAAAACAGAAUCAUUCUUGCGACCUGCGUACAAUUAUUCUUGCGGUCCACGUUGUUCUGGCUAUAGUUGGUAUCAUUGUAUUCUUGGCGUUUUUACUUCGAACAGACUUGUGAAUGUAGCAAUUGAAUAAGGUAAAGGACCCAAUUGAUUGUGACAAUAUGACCACUUCUUUGAACAACUUUGGUUGAUUGUGUGAACGGCGUUAUUAGAAGCAUGCGGGUGGGUCAAUUAAUCCAUUGAUCCAUCGUUCAAACUGAACAUGCAAUCAAAAUUUUAUUCUUAUCACAAGAGAAUGCAGUCUUAUUCAAGUGGUAAAGCAUUUCUUUCACCAGAAUCAAAUAUUUCUUCUUCUAUACGAAUAGGCAUUGCUAAUUGACACGUUUCGUCGUAGCUUAUGCUGCUGUGCAAAGAAGUACUGGGUCGGAAAACUAAUCUAAACUCAAUUGAUCGUUCAAUUUCAAGCUUUGAGAAAGUAGUGAAUUGCCAGGUAUUCAUUACAGUACGUAGUUAAUAGCAAGAAAGAUUUAGGGAUCAUUUUGUUGUCAAUUAGAAGUGUUAUCAGUAGAACUCUUCGUGCCACGGAAUAGUACGAAGCCAGGGGUCUAAAUUAUGACCCCUGAUAGUAGCUACCGUACGUAAAGGUACGCUACGGGAAGCAUUCAAACAAUGGUAAGGUGCGUACGAUUACGUAGGGUACGUACGGUACGUACGAACGAACCGGGACGAAAAGUACAAAUGUGACAUGUGACAUGUGUGACCCUUGAAGUGCUGGUACGUACUASCRGUAUGUAUUAUUGAUACAUACGUAACAAAUUUUGAUAGUGCAC